AUGGCAGGGAUCACAGACCCCCGGUUCCCGGUGCAGAACCUGCUCCGCGCGGACGCCCGCCGGCCCUGGCUGUGCAGCCCGCAGGACCGCAGCCGGCAGCUGCGCGCGGAGCUGCAGCUGGAGCGCGCCGUUGCCAUCGGCUUCGUGGAUGUCGGGAACUGCGGCUGCGCCUUCCUGCAGCUCGACGUGGGGCGCUCGUGGUGGCCGCGGGACCGGCCCUACCUGGCCCUGGUGCCCAGCGCGGCGCUGAGGAGCGAGGCCGAGGCCAGGCUGGAGCAGAACCGCUGCGGGGUGCGGAUGUUCAAGGAAGCCGACUUCCUGGAGCCGGCGCUGGGGCAGACAUGGGACCGGCUGCGCCUCACGCUCCGCCAGCCCUUCGGCCGGCACAGCCAGUUCGGGCUCUCCUUCAUCCGCGUGCGCACGGCCCUGGACCCUCAGCACCCGGUGGGUGCCCCGGCCCUGCCUUGGGGCAGCGGUGAUGGGCUCCUGCUCCCCUGCUGCCGCCCCCGUCCCCGCUCCCUGCAUCAGUCCCUCGUCCCCCAGGAGGGCUCCAAGCCCACGGACAGCGCCUGGAGCUCCAGCCCCGCCUUGUCCCGGGCCCCCCUUCCAGCACCCCCCUCGUAA